UGGUAGUGGAGGGAGGAUCACCUGUCACACUCCUAACAUGGAUUAUCUCCAUUUUUGACAGACAUUAACUCGCUGUAAUUGAGGAUUUACUCCACUAGAAAUCUCCAUUUAUCGUUAAUUCCGUCCUAAAGGUCUGGCGCGGUGAUGGGGUCGGUGUGGAAGAGGUUUCAGCGCAUCAACAAGAAAGCUGCUAAAUUCCAGUUCACAGCCUCAUAUCACGAGCUUGCUCUCACCGCCACAGCGAAAUGGCAGCCGACGCAGCUGAGCGUGGUGUGGCUGCGACGGACGCGGCGGGUGGUGCAGGACGCCCCCGCCUGGGAACCCUCCAUGAGGAACCCGCUGGAGGGCCUCUGCGUGUGGGCCGUCCCCGCCAACAUCAACAUCACCGUCACGCUCUUCAGGACAACCGCACCAACGACUUCGAGGACAAGGAGGACCUUGUCGUCGAGGAUGUGUCAAGGUGUCGUCGACGGGAAGAGACGACAGGUAGCGACGGCACAGAUCAACAUGAAGCAGUACGCGGGGUUAGCACAGCACGACGUCAAGGUGAAGCUGCGGCCGCUGAGCAAGAAGGUGGUGUGUGCCUCCUUGGACCUGACGCUCUCCUGUCUCUUCCUGCGCGAGGGCAAGGCCACGUGA